UUUUUUUUAUUUCAAUUCGAUUUUUAGGAUUUUUACUCUUUAAAAUGCUUUCUCUUCCGUUUGAAGUUCAACUUGAUGUUUUGAAAUGUCUUAAGUUCGAACAAUUAUUCUCUUUCAAACAAACCAACUUUUACUAUCGCAAUUUAAUUGAAAAAUACGAGGGAGAAUUGGCUCGAAUUGACACCUUAUCUAUCGGUCGCCAAUUGAGAAAUACUCACAAAAUCGUUGAACUUGAACCGGUAGUUUCUGAUUUUGCCUUGAAUGGUCAACUUAUGAAGAAGUGGAAAGCAGCGAUAGCUGAAUCCGUUCCUUUGUUUUUGCGCGGUCAUGAUGAUUUUGUUGGAGACUUUGUUGUUCAAAUGGAGAAAACGGAGAACAAAAAACCGGUUUAUAUUCUGCACUUGCCAAAUAUCCCAAAAACUGUUGAAGAAUUGAUUAUUGUUCGGUUUUGGUUAGAACAACUUUUUAAUUGUGCUUUUGAAAAUGCUAUUUUUAUGAGCACAUUUAACCCAACAAUGAUUAAUUUAUUAUUCGAUGAUUAUAAAGCAAUCUCUUUUCAAUUUAACAUUCAAACAGUAUCUAUUAGGACUAGCAAUGCUACAUUUGAAAAUUCUUUGAAAUUUGGUUUAAAUCGUUUUGCUAUUUACGAAUUUUUUGGCAUUUUCAAAUAUGAAGACAUUUCAGAACAACAAACAAGUAUUUUAUUCAAUAUUAUAGCAAAUGAAGGCAAAAAAUUGCCUCACGUUUUUUUCGGUUAUUGUGAUACUUCAAGACUUUAUGAUCUUAUUAUUAAAUAUAUAACAACAUCAAAAGAUUUCUCAAAAAUGGUGCCUACUAUUUGUUUACUUUAUAAUUCAUUAGAAAAUUUUAAAUUGAAUGUCAAUGCAAAAUGUUCUGUAACUAAGCAAAUUAAUGGUUGCAACUCUACAAUAUACCUAAUUGUCAAUAUUUAUAAUCCAAAAACGAAAUUUUUACUUUAUAAAAAUGAGAAACCGGCUUCUGUUGUUAUCAAAAAAUUGGAAGAGUAGAAUUUGAGAGGACAAAAAAAUUUUUUUGAGAAUUAUUAAAUCUUAUUUAUUCGACAACAAAAUAUCUGCCAAAAUUUUAUUUAAUUUUUAUUGGAUUAAAAAUUUUUUGUUUUAUUUAUUUUCAUAAUUUUUUAGCAGUUUAAAGUCUGCCAAUUUAUUUUUAAAUAUUUUUAAACUUUAAUUUGAAUUUAUUUAUAUAUUUAAUUUUUGAAAUGUUCUCUCUUCAACAUUAAAUUCAGUGCCUGUGUCGUUCUCCCCACCUGACUUUUUUCUUCAUAUUUUGCUACUCUUUUGAGAACUAUCCUUCAUUAGUAUUUUUUAUUUAUAAGCUUAUAACUCAUUUUUUUUUAUUAAUUUAAGAUAGCUAGAUGAGUUUUAUUCAACCGAUGAAAGAGUGAAGGUUCUACUGGUUUUGGUCAUUCCUAAGGGUUCUGUACAAGUUCAACAUGUGGACAUGUGGUUACUUCUACUGAUGAUGCAGAAAGUGUUUUGAGGUUUUUUUUGAGUUCACUACUAUAGGCACUUUUCUUAGUUGCCCAUUUUUUUUCUGGGGUGACUGGAGUGAAGGGAUUAGGUAAUGUAUCCGCAAAUUAAUUCCUCCCAUUUCCUG